CCAGCCGGGAGCCGGUUCAGUCAGUUUGAGCCGACGACUUGGCUCGCAUGGAUGUCAGUGGAGCAAGCGAGCCAAGAAGCGUGCUUGGCGUUUUGUCGUGCUUCGCGCUGGCUUUUAUUCGUUUCCGCCAGGCCCUUUAACGAGUCGUGAUUAUCUGUACUGUCCUGCGGAUUUGUUGCGAAGCCACGCCCUGUGAUUGACGGUGGAACUCCCUGUAACAAGCAUCGAAGCCGAAGUGGGCGCAUUGUAGCUCCCCGGCACCAUGUCUGCCUCACGCCUGGAGCAGAUGAGGAGCCAGUUCCAGCAGAAUCUGCAGCAGCGCAGCGGUCUUCCACGGCCGACGCGGAUCCCUGGACCAUCAACAACCGCUGCCACUGCCAAGGCUUCGUCCGCUGUCAAGCAAGCCGCACCGUCUCUGUCUCGUUCGAAUGGCCACACCUUUGUAGAUGGAGAAACGGUCUCGCGGGCCAACGUCAACGGUAAACUUCAGAACGGCAGUGUUCACAAGGACAUCUCGGCCGCGAGAAAUGGUCAGCUUAACGGCACAUCUCGACCAGCAACAAAUGGGACAUCUAGGCUGCAAACUAAUGGAACAUAUCGGCCACAGACCAAUGGUUCCUCCGCAGGCAGGACAGUUGUGGUGAACGGCGCACGGCCCCAGACGAAUUCUACGCAGCAUACGUUACCUCCGGUUGCCAAGGGUGGUGUACUCAUGACUAUGACGACGACUCAGCUGAGGCAGCUCUGUAAUGGACAUCAGAAUGGCUGUGGGUCCCAAAAGCCACCUGCAAAGCCUGCUUCUGUGCCGGCUUCAAGGACAGCAAGCUCCGUAGCACGAACACCUCAAACUGUGCCAUCAAGCAGAACUCCUAGUGCCAAGCCAGCUGCUGCCAAAGCAGUUUCGGUUGAACAGCCAAAGAAGCCUACCACUGCGCCCACGUCAAGGCAGACCCGAACUCCGAAUGGUACCGCGGUUGUCGCCACUCAGCAGAGGACAUUGCCAGCGGCCCCAAAAGCGGCACCUCCCCCACCUGAGGCUCGGCCCUUGGGCCCGAACCAGGAGCGAUGCGACAUCUGUGGCCGGGGCUUCAACAAGGACCGCAUCGAGAAGCACAGGACCAUAUGCCAGAAGGCGGCGACCAAGAAAGUGAAGGUGUUUGAUGCAACCAAGAUGAGGACAAAGGGUACGGAGGCGGAAGCAUUUGUGAAGAAGGGUUUCCACAAGAAAGAAGUGCCGGUGAAGAAGCCCAACUGGCGCGCCAAGCACGAGGAAUUCCUCAACGCAGUCCGGCAGGCGAGGCUGGUGCAGGAACACCUGGCCGCUGGCGGCAAGCUGUCUGACCUGCCGCCGCCGCCUCCGUCGGAGAACCCGGACUACGUGCAGUGCCCCAAGUGCCUCCGCAAGUUCAACGAGACGGCUGCCGAAAGGCACAUUCCCCGCUGCAACCUUGCCCCCAAGGCGUCUUCUGGCACGCCGACCAGGAGGCCAGCCGCCCUCUACGGCCGCAAGUGACGGGACCGUUUUUAUACUUGACCAGUCACCCAGAGUGACACAGACCACGUUGAAGAAUGUUGAAAAGCCGUGAAUCUUCUCUGCUGCUCAAGCGACGAGCAAUUAGUCGUUCAGUGAUGUUUGGCAGCAAGACUCUCGCCAGUAUAUUUUUAUUCCUGGCCGUGUUUUAAAAUACCAAGGCAUGUUUUUUGCAGUUGUGCAACUCAAGGGCAAAAGAAUGCGAGCGAUGUUGCAUCCCGUGAGAGUUCCCGGUGAAUUUGAUUUUUUUUCUGUGGCUUUUACGUUUUCAGCUUUUAAUAUAGCUUUACUGUGCUUUGCCACACCUCUUGUUAUGGUCACUUUUGGCGAGAAUUUGUUGUAAAUAAAUGCUUUUUCUCUUGUA